AAAAAAGAAAAAAAAAGGAAAAAAAAUAAGGGCUUUAGAAGGGUUUCUUUCUUUUCCGCCAAUACAAGAAGCGGCUUCUUCCCCCUUCUCCCUUCUUCUUCGUCUCUCCCAUGUCGCUUCCCCGCGCGCCUCUCCCCUAAACCACCCUACAACGAACCCUAUCCCAACCCUAAUUCGCCCCAAAAUCUGACCGUUUGCGAUUAGGGUUUCGAUCUCCCUCGCCGCCCAUGUUGAGGGCUUUGUCGUCGUCCUGUUUCCACGCUCGGUUCCGGAGCCUGCCCCCGAGGUUUGCUCCCAAGCCCUGCAAUGGCACGGAGGCGAAGUCCCCCGUGCUCCGGAUUUUGGGCUCGUUGACGGUUGGCGACCACUCGGCUCUUAGGAGAAGCGCUUUCUUUUGUUCGAAGUCCGGGAGCGAUUCGGAUGAGGCCGUGGAGGCGAGGGCCGCGGAGGAAGUCAACGCCGAGGCCGCGAGCGAGGAGGUCGAAUCGAAGGCCGCCGGGGCGAUCGUCCCGACGAAUCCCCGCCCCGAGGAUUGCCUCUCGGUCAUAGCUUUGCCGUUGCCGCACCGACCAUUAUUUCCUGGUUUCUAUAUGCCUAUUUAUGUAAAGGACCAGAAAUUGUUGGCUGCAUUAAUCGAAAAUCGUAAAAGAUCAGCUCCAUAUGCAGGUGCCUUUCUUGUUAAGGAUGAGACGGGAACUGAUCCUAGCACCAUAUCAGGUUCAGACUCAGAGAAAAGUAUAUAUGAUCUUAAAGGAAAAGAAUUGUUAAAGCGUCUUCAUGAUGUUGGUACACUGGCACAGAUAACUAGUAUUCAGGGCGAUCAGGUAGUGCUCAUUGGUCACCGUCGUUUGCGGAUAACGGGGAUGGUUGAGGAAGAUCCCCUGACAGUUAAAGUUGAUCAUCUAAAGGAAAAGCCUUAUGACAAGGAUGAUGAUGUUAUAAAAGCAACCUCAUUUGAAGUUAUAUCAACAUUAAGAGAUGUUCUGAAGACAAGUUCCCUUUGGAAAGAUCAUGUUCAAACAUAUACUCAGCACAUUGGAGACUUCAAUUUUCCAAGGCUAGCAGAUUUUGGGGCUGCUAUCUCUGGGGCAAAUAAGUUGCUUUGCCAGCAAGUACUCGAAGAACUUGAUGUAUACAAACGGUUAAAGCUAACCCUAGAGUUACUGAAAAAAGAGAUGGAGAUCAGCAAGUUGCAGCAAUCAAUUGCAAAAGCGAUUGAAGAGAAAAUAAGUGGAGAGCAGCGGCGCUACUUGUUGAACGAGCAACUUAAAGCAAUUAAGAAGGAGCUGGGUUUGGAAACUGAUGACAAAACAGCACUCUCUGCAAAGUUUAGAGAAAGAAUUGAAGAAAAGAGAGCUAAAUGUCCUCCUCACAUCUUGCAAGUAAUUGAAGAAGAGCUUGCUAAGCUACUAUUUUUAGAACCCAGUUCUAGCGAGUUCAAUGUAACCCGCAACUAUCUGGAUUGGCUUACCGUUUUACCCUGGGGAAAUUAUAGUGAUGAGAAUUUUGAUGUUCAUCAUGCUCAAAAGAUUUUGGAUGAGGACCAUUAUGGUUUAUCUGAUGUUAAAGAGAGAAUACUCGAGUUUAUAGCGGUCGGAAAAUUGAGAGGAAUGUCACAAGGAAAAAUAAUAUGCUUAUCUGGUCCUCCUGGAGUUGGUAAAACCAGCAUUGGUCGCUCAAUUGCACGUGCUUUGAAUCGAAAAUUCUAUCGAUUUUCUGUGGGAGGCUUGGCUGAUGUUGCUGAAAUCAAGGGCCAUCGCCGCACCUAUGUUGGUGCCAUGCCAGGAAAGAUGGUGCAAUGCUUGAAAGCUGUUGGAACUGCUAACCCCCUGGUUUUGAUAGAUGAGAUUGACAAGUUAGGGAGAGGACAUCAUGGUGAUCCGGCUAGCGCAUUGUUGGAGCUUCUUGAUCCUGAGCAGAAUGCAAAUUUUCUCGAUCACUAUCUCGAUGUUCCUAUUGACCUGUCUAAGGUCCUGUUUGUUUGCACAGCUAAUGUUAUCGAGAUGAUUCCUAAUCCUCUCAUGGAUAGAAUGGAGAACAUCGCUAUUGCUGGCUAUAUAACUGAUGAAAAGAUGCAUAUUGCAAGGGAUUAUUUGGAAAAGAAUAUUCAAGAAACUUGUGGCAUCAAGCCUGAGCAGGUUGAAGUAACAGAUAGAGCUCUUCUUGCUCUUAUCGAAAACUAUUGCCGAGAAGCAGGCGUGCGGAAUCUUCAAAAGCAAAUUGAAAAAAUUUACAGGAAGAUAGCUCUGCAACUUGUUCGCCAAGGUGUGACAAUUGAACCAGCUCAAGAUGUCAGCAUUCAAGAAGGAACCAAAGAAUCUGGUGAUGCACAAGUGGCGACAAAAUUGGAUGGCGAUGAUGAGAAAUUGCGUGAACCAGCUGCAGAAGCUGCAUCCACAAUGCCUGAAGAAGCAACUGGCGCUAUCUUGCCUAAAGAGACUAAUGAAACAAUCUUAAUAGUAAAACCAGACGAAGAAAAUCAUAAGGAUAACCCAGUUGAACCUCUUGCAGAAGCUGUCGAGGGGCAGCCGGUUCUUCAAUCAGAUAGCAUUGCAGCAACAAGCCAAUCCCCUCAGUCAGAGGUCAAGGUAGAUUCAGAUAGUGCAAACGAAGUUGAAGUUGACAAGCCAGUCGAGAAGGUCAUAGUUGAUUGUCAUAACCUAGCUGACUUUGUAGGGAAGCCUGUAUUCCAGGCCGAGCGAAUAUACACCCAGACCCCAGUAGGAGUCGUCAUGGGCUUAGCUUGGACUGCUAUGGGUGGCUCGACACUAUACAUCGAGACGACUAAUGUUGAGGAAGGAGAAGGGAAAGGCGCCCUUGUACUCACAGGCCAGCUUGGAGACGUAAUGAAAGAGAGUGCUCAAAUCGCUCAUACUGUUGCUAGGGCAAUAUUACUUGAGAAAGAUCCAGAAAAUAAAUUCUUUGCAAACUCGAAGCUUCACUUGCAUGUCCCUGCAGGGGCCACUCCUAAGGACGGGCCCAGCGCCGGGUGCACUAUGAUCACAUCAAUGUUGUCCCUAGCCAUGAACAGACCAGUGAAGGAGGAUUUUGCUAUGACUGGUGAAGUAACAUUGACUGGUCGAAUCCUCCCAAUUGGCGGGGUCAAAGAGAAGACUAUUGCUGCAAGGAGAAGUGGGGUAAAGACCAUCAUAUUCCCAUCUGCAAACAGAAGAGACUAUGAUGAGCUUCCCCCUCACGUGAAAGAGGGUCUUCAGUUCCACUUCGUCGAUACUUACAGCGAGAUUUUUGAGCUAGCUUUCGGGAGCGAACCUGAAAAGUAACAAGCUAAUAUUUAUCAUCAUGUGUUGUGCUCUAAAUUUUUUGAGGUGGCAAAAAUUUUUCCUACAGAAUAAUUUAUAAAGCUGUGACAUGGUCAAAAAAAGCGUACUAUAGUGUUCUUCCAUUUUCAUUUUGACGUCUCAUAAACAAUGAAGCUUAUUUAUUUUGGAACUAGAUUUUUGACUGUAGAAUAGAUAUUUUAAUGUGGAAGUAUAGGUAUAUUAGGCAGAGGGUAAUAACUUUUUGCGAACAAGAUUCUUUUUUUAAUACGCAAACGAGCUUCUUGGUUUCAUUGUAUUCAUCGAUACUCUGACGAUGUAAAACCUCAGUCAUGGCAAUAGAUGAGCAAAGUUGAUAACUAA